UCCCAGCAAAGAAGGCAGAUUCUGAUUGAUAAUUUAAAGGCAGUUUGUCAGUCGGUCGUUUCACACUUCCAGCGCGAGUCUCUACUGUUUUUACAUAAAGUGUUUCAGCCAGCCAGUCGGACCGCACGACUCGAGCGGACACAAAGCUUCCUGCCGUACCGGGUGAAGCCUUGGUGGCAGGUGUUGAGGACUGCUUUCUCUCCUUCCCUCUCUCUACCUCGUUCUGUUGUUCCGAGUCAUGGCGUCCUCUCUGCUCAGCAGGCAGCUGGCCCUCUCCCUCCAGCAAAACCUCAGGCUCACUGCACCGGGCUGCAGGUAUGUGAGUAAAGCAGCUGCCAAGACCCAGAUGGAGUUUGAAUACGAUGGGCCUUCCAUGAAGACAGAGGUCCCCGGACCGCGCUCCAAGGAGCUGACCAAACAGUUGGGAGAGAUGCAGAACGUGGGAGCAAUCAAUUUCUUCUGUAACUAUGAGGAGAGCAGAGGAAACUACCUGGUGGAUGUGGACGGAAACCGCAUGCUGGACGUCUACACACAGAUCUCCUCCAUCCCUAUUGGAUACAACCAUCCCUCGCUCAUCAAAGUGAUGUCCAACCCCAACAAUAUGAGUGCGUUUGUGAACAGGCCAGCUCUUGGGAUCAUGCCACCUGAGAACUUUCCGGAAAAGCUGGCGGAAAGCCUUCUCUCAGUUGCUCCUAGUGGUAUGAGCCGUGUCCAGACCAUGGCCUGUGGAUCCUGCUCCAAUGAGAAUGCAUAUAAAGCCAUGUUCAUCUGGUACAGAAAUAAGGAAAGAGGCCACAACAUCCCCUCUGAUGAAGACGUGAGCUCCUGUAUGAUCAACCAGAGCCCUGGCUGUCCGGACCUCAGCAUCCUGUCGUUUAUGGGUGGAUUUCAUGGCAGAACAAUGGGUUGCUUGGCAACGACGCACUCCAAAGCCAUCCACAAGCUGGAUGUGCCGUCAUUUGAUUGGCCGAUCGCUCCCUUCCCUAAACUGAAGUACCCUCUGGAGGAGUUCACACGGGAGAACGCACAGGAGGAGGCCCGCUGCCUGGAGGAGGUAGAGGACCUGAUAGUCCAGUGGCGUCAGAAGGGCCGGCCGGUGGCUGGGAUAGUGAUUGAACCCAUCCAGGCUGAAGGAGGAGACAACCACGCAACACCUGACUUCUUCAAGAAGCUACGGAACAUCGCACGCAAGCAUGGCAGUGCGUUCCAUGUGGAUGAGGUGCAGACAGGUGGCGGUGCUACAGGGAAGUUCUGGGCUCAUGAACACUGGGGGAUGGACGACCCUGCUGACAUCGUGUCCUUCAGCAAGAAGAUGCUCACUGGAGGCUUUUACCAUAAAGACGAGCUGCAGGCAGACAAGGCCUACCGUAUCUUUAACACGUGGAUGGGCGACCCGUCUAAGAACCUGUUCCUGGCUGAGGUUCUGAACGUGAUCCGCAGAGAGAACCUUCUGGAGGAGGUGACCCGCUCUGGGAAAACUCUCCUACAGGGACUCUACCAACUACAGGACCAGUACCCUAACCUGUUGAGCAGUGCUCGGGGACAGGGGACAUUCUGUGCCAUCGACAUCCGUGAUGACGCCACACGCAACAGCAUCAUCCUCAAAGCCCGGGACAAGGGUGUCCUGCUGGGUGGCUGUGGAGAUCGGUCGAUCCGGUUCCGUCCUGCUCUGGUGUUUAAGGAGUACCAUGUUCACAUGUUCCUGAACGUGUUCAACGACGUCCUGGCAGAACACGCCUAGAACCGUCCACACCAACACGGGCCAGACCAACUGGGGAUGGGGUGGAGGGGAGGGGGAAGCACAACAGUCUUAACCUAUAACAAGGGGUUCACACACUAAUGCAUACACUUAAAGGGAUACUACAGGAUUCUGGCAGCGAAGCCCUUUAUCUCCUUCCCCAAAGUCAGAUGAAACUCGUGGAGACCGUUUUUUUAUGUCUCUGUGUGCAGUUUGAAGGAAGUUGCUAACCAGCGCUAGCGCAAUUGCUAACUAGCGUUAGCGCAA